CUAGAGACUAAUUGUGAUUAUACUUAUCUCUUUCUAAGAGGAAGCUUGAGGAUGUAGCUUCUGUUCCCGAUAUUAAAGGUCUAGUAGCUGAAAGUGAAAAACUUACUAUGGGAUCUUUUGAGAACCUGGUGUGGGGUCGAUUUGGUGAUGGUAUUGCUUUGUGUGCAGAGAUGGGACCUAGUGUACCUGGAAGCACACGGCAGGAUAUAUAUUUUUGUUCCAGUUUCCAGGAUCAUCCACAGCAGUCGGUUUUCUGGUCACUUUUUUCACCUUGCCGAAAUGGCGUGCCUCAUCAAGUUGAUCCCUCCUUGUCACUUUCAUUCAGCAGUUCAAUAACACAACAACCUCCAAUAGCAGUUCCUGAUUCAGGAGGCUUCGGCCUAACAGCUUUGCAGCCAUGUAUUUUAGAUGGCCCAUUGUUGACUAUUUCCUCCCCUCUUCAGCCAACUCAUUACCUCUGA